UUAUUAUUAUUAUUUUAAAGGGUUAUUGCCCAUUUUUUUUCUUUCUUUUUUUCAAUAAAAGCACUAAUGUUAGUGGGCUGGUCCCGCGGGGCUUUUUGUUGGUUGGGCCACAGAGGGCGGGUUUUUUACUCCACCUGCCAACAAAACCACUGGGACAAAUUCCGCUCUGCAGCCUGGAGAAACACUCAAACCUUCACCAAAGAAGAAGAAGAAGGAGAAGAAGAAGAAUGAGGAGGAGGAGGAAGAGGAGGAGGGGAUAAAAAAAAAAACCCACACCAACGGCUUCAUCCUCCCUUAGAAUAGCUCUGGUAUUGAAGAGGGGUUUAUUGAUUGACGUGAGAAAGUGGAGGAGGAUUCGCUCCGCUCAGCCUCGCAUGGUGCUGCUCAGGGGGAGGAAUGAACUGGGAUCCGGUCGGUACCUGAGUGAGGACGGACGGACGGACUGUUCCUCCGUCACCUCCUUUAUUUAUUUAUUUAUUUAUUUUUUAAAUCGCAGCUUCAUUCACCGGACACUUUAAAAGGGAACACACCGGCAUCGUUGGGGUUCGUGCGUGUCCCGGCGACAACAUGAGACACAAAUGAUGUUUAACAUUUCCAUAGAUGGAGGGCCCUUCUCUAAGAACUUGGAGGACUUCGACUCCAUCCGCAGUGUGCUCCUUUACAGUGACCUGGAGCCAGAAUGGCUGGACGACAUCCAGAAGAACGGCGAGCUCUUCUACCUGGAGCUGAGCGAGGGCGAAGAGGAGGCAGCGCUGGCCCAGGCGAGCGCCGGUCAAGGCGCGUCCACCAAUCACGUGCGCUUCAGCGAGAAGGAGGCGGAGGUAAUCACCGAGGAGCACAGGAAGCAGCGGUGCAGCUCACGGGCCAAAGGCGAGCCCGCUCUCAAGAGGCUCGCCAGGAUCCUGAGGAGGAAACGCCGGCCGUCGCAGCGCAGAGGCGGAGGAGGAGGAGGGAAGGACGGCGGCAAAGACAACUCGACCCCGGCGUCCAUCCUGAAGAACCAGCCGAGCCAGAGGCAGGGCGUCACUGUUCAGCAGCAGCAGCAGCAGCAGCAGCAGCAGCAGCAGCAGCAGCAGCAGCAGCUGAAGGAGGUGUGUGUCUACCUCAACCCCAAACGUCUCGGAGGUGCGUCGACACCCCUCUCCGUCAGCGGAGGCCUGUUGGAGGCUCUGCUGGGGGUGGUGCACCGCCCCUCGUGGAGUAGAGGACACGCAGAUCCCGCCGUUGUCACGCGGGAUGAAAGACUGACCGUCCACGGAUUAACACCAAACAGCCCAGCCAUCAAAUGUGGCCAGAUAAUAAUCGGUGACGUGCUUGUGGCAGUGGACGACGUGGACGUGACCACAGAAAACAUCGAGAGGGUUCUGUCCUGCAUCCCGGGACCAACACAGGUGAGGUUGACCCUGGAGACCGCGGCUCAGGCGGACGGCGGCGGCAGUGCCGGCGACGCCUCGUCAGCCCGCAGGACAAAGUCCCCACCGCCGGUCAGCCAGCUGGUGCGCCUGCUGUGGGGGGAAGACACGGCCGAGCUCCAGAUGUCGAUAGGACACAUCCCGCACGUCGUCAUGUACCUGUCGCUCAAACUGGACUCGGCGUCGCCACAGGAGGAGGAGGAGAUCUUGUACCAGUACCCGGUGUCUGAAGCGUCCAGCCAGCUGAAAGGAGUGAGGGGAAUCUUCCUCACCCUGUGUGACAUGCUGGAGAACGUCACAGGAGGGAAGAUCUGCAGUUCGUCUCUUGUGCUCGGGAAACAUCUGGUGCACGUGGGCUACUGGAAGGACAGCAACAACCUACUGGUCAUUGGCCUUCCCGCUGAGAGGGUUCCGCUGCUGUAUCUGCAGACGGUGGUGGGAGACGUGGUGCGGACACUAAAAGUGAUGUAUGGCUCUUUGGACAGUGCCUUCUGUAAGGCGGACCACGCUCCCAGGCUGGACCAUUUCUUCUGCCUGUUCUUCCAGCAGCUCAUCCAGCCGGCCCGUCUGAGGGACGGCUCCUCGGCCCCGGCCCCCGACAUCUCGGGGACCCUCUUCCUUGACGGACUGCCGGCGGUCCGAUGGCUCACGCUGCCCCCGGAAAUCAAGAUGGAGGUGGACACUGUUCUCUCUGAUUUUGAAUCCUCCGAUUUUGGCGAAAUGUCGGAGGACUUCUUUGGCCUGAGGCGUCUGUAUGUUAUUUUAGGCUCCUGUCUGUUCUACAAGUCCUACCUGAUCGCCAACCACCUGCCCAAAGAGGACCUGCUGGACGUGUGCCUGUACUGCCAGCACUACUGCCUGCUGCCGCUGGCGUCCGAGCAGCGCGUGGGUCAGCUGGUCAUCUGGAGGGAGGUGUUCCCCCAGCAGAGAGCGAGCGGCGGCGGCGACACGGCGCCGGGCUACAGUCAGCCACAGGGACGACACUUCCUUCUCAUAGUGGGGCUGAGGCACUUCAUGCAGUGUGUGCUGUUAGAGGCGGGGGGCUGUGCGUCGCCAGCCCUGGGCUCUCCAGGACCUGACUGUGUCUACGUGGACCAGGUGAAGGCCACUUUGCUGCAGCUGGAGGCGUUGGAGGCAGGUAUCAAAGAGCGACUGAACGCCCCGCCCGCUCCCUGCCUCUCCUGCGCCGACUGGUUCCUCCCCGCCGCCGCAGCCCGCGACCGUCUGGACGGCCGGGCCUCGUCCUCGCCCGUUUUCAGCAAGCUGGCCGGAGCGGUGAAGGGCUCCUCGUCGGGCCCCAGAGGCCGCAGCCUGUUCGGGGAGAAGUCCCGGCGGUCCAGCCCCCAGAGGAGCCUGUCAGACAGCGGCAGCGAGGGACAGAUGGAUGCCGGGUCGGGGUCCGGUUCGUCGUCGAUGGCGCCGGGCUUUAGUCCGCAUUCCACCCCGGACUCGGCGAGGAAGCUGGGGCCGCGACGGGAUUCCCUGGGGUCCGACGGAAGCGGGGGCGGCGGAGGCCUCUUCAAGAUUCCCAGGAUGAAGCACCCAAACCCCUUCUACCUGGGAACGCUGAAGAAGACGCUGACUGAGAGGGAGACGGAGGAGAUGUACAACACCAUGAAACUGACCUCAGGGGCGGAGAACACCUUGUUCCACUACGUCCUGAUGGAGGCGGUCCAGGGGAUCUUCAUCGCUCCGACCCACAGGGAGGUGGCCCAGCUCAGCGGCUCCAUUCACCCGCAGCUUAUCCGCAACUUCCACCACUGCUGCCUCUCCAUACGGGCGGCGUUCCAGCAGAGCCUGCCGGCCAGGGGUCGUCGGGCGGCAGACGGGCCCCGUGGCGGCGGUUGGGGCCUGGGCCCCGUCAAGGAACACGGGGUCCUGUUCCAGUGUAAACCGGAGAACUGGACCGACCAGAGGAAGCCUGCUCCCACCAUGACUUACUGGGUCAUCGGACGGAUGCUGCUCGAGCCCGUCCCGCAGGAGUUCUAUGUGUGUUUUCACGACUCGGUGGCCGAGGUUCCCGUGGAGAUGGCCUUCAGACUCUCCUUCGGCCUGGCCCUGUGAUCUCUCCAGAGCGACGGAGAUUUCUUGAACCAAAAUGAAGCAUCGGGUCGCGUUCUCAGGGGGAAAAAAAAGCUCAACCAAAUUCGGGGGGCUUGUGCAAAAGCACCCGAGCGAGAGAAAACAUGUGGGAAUUUUAUGCCAGUAUCUGUGGGAUAAUGGACUGGAGUCAGUUGUUACAGUUUGCCUCAAAUUACAGGCGAUUUGCUGCAGAGAGCAGCGGAGCGUGACCGAGGACGGGAGCGAUAAGCAGGUCAACUGCUUGGCCUGGAGUUCACACCAGUACGUCCUGUGCCUUGUUGUUAAACCAGGUAUCGUGUUCCGCAACAGAAGCAGCUCUGUGCUGAACAAAAAAAAACACUCAAGUCAGCAAAUACCUCUCGUGUCGGUGUAAACCUCUGAUAAGAGCAGACAAGGCCUUCCAAGUGACAGCAGACGUUUGCUGCCGUUAAGUUUUACGACGCUGGACCAGUAAAAACGCACAUCUCCAUGGUGACAGAGUUUGUAUUGAUAUUUUCACAGAUUGCAAAGUGUUGGGGAGGAAUCGUUUAUUAAUUUAACUAUGUUUGUAUAGUUUUGUACGGAAAAUGACUAAUUUUGUUACCAAGAAUGAACAUGAGAUUAAAAAAACUAAAUAAGCCUCA